GGCACGUGCUCCGAAACGUUUCGGUCGGCCUAUCCCCGUGUGGCCGCCGCCGCCUCGGCGACGUGCGGCUUCUUCCUCCCUUCCCACCCCUCCCAUUCCGCGCCCCGUGACGUCACCAGCCACCAGCCGCCUCUCUCUGCCCCCCACCAGACCGCGCGUCCCGAGGCGGAGGAGGGGAGGGGAGGGCAAUGGCGGUGGUGGGCGUCCUCGCGCUGCAGGGCUCCUACAACGAGCACCUGGCCGCGCUGCGGAGGAUCGGGGUGAGGGGCGUGGAGGUGCGGAAGCCGGAGCAGCUCCUCGGCCUCGACUCGCUCAUCAUCCCCGGCGGCGAGAGCACCACCAUGGCCAAGCUCGCCAACUACCACAACCUGUUUCCAGCACUUCGAGAGUUUGUCAGUGGUGGAAAGCCUGUCUGGGGAACCUGUGCUGGGCUUAUCUUUCUUGCAAACAAAGCAGUAGGACAAAAAACAGGGGGCCAGGAACUUGUCGGAGGACUAGAUUGUACUGUCCACCGUAACUUUUUUGGGAGUCAGCUCCAAAGCUUUGAGACAGAGCUUUCUGUGCCGAAGCUUGCUGAGAAGGAAGGAGGGAAUGAUACAUGCCGUGGUGUUUUUAUACGGGCACCUGCUAUAUUGGAAGUAGGUUCAGAUGUUGAAAUAUUGGCUGAUUGCCCUGUUCCUGCCAACAGACCAAGCAUUGUAAUAUCAUCUGGGGAGGGUGCUGAGGAAGAAGUGUAUUCGAAAGAUCGGGUAAUUGUUGCGGUACGACAAGGGAACAUUCUAGCAACUGCCUUUCACCCAGAAUUGACAUCAGAUUCCCGAUGGCAUCGCUUCUUCUUGGACAUGGAUAAAGAAUCCCAGGCAAAGGCCUUGGCCGCACUAUCAUUAUCAUCAUCUUCAAGAGACACAGAACACCUGCCAAAGAAUAAGCCGCUUGCUUUGCCCAUUUUUGAGUAACACUAGAAAGAAAUAAGGUCAAAGGAUUGAAGAUAGGAAGAGGAAGAAACUGACCAUAUUUUUAUCACUUGGCUGGCUAUAAAAGAAGAAACAGCUGGGCACCUGCUAUGCUAAGUGGAAAUGUGUAACCUCUGCUACCAAUUGUAACGACCAAAAUAAUGACAGUGUGUUGGACGCAAUUCUUCAGAUAAAAGCAAAUGUUGUUGAAAUUGUAAACUUGCUGUGCAAAGAAGCUGCUCCACAUUCAUUGA